ACCAAUUCAGACUUUGCUGAAAUUAACAUCCCUUCAACCCUUCAAACAAUCAUGGAGUGUGUGUCAAAAGAAGCAUUCUACAAAGAAUUAGAGACCUAUAAACAGAACCAGAAACGCAAUUCUUCACAAAUAACUCUCUUCAUUGAAGACGAAUUUUAUGACUCGGCCAAAGAGUUCCUAAAAAGCCAAGCUGAGAACGCUGUCAGCGACUCCAAUACAAAUCACAAUACGACGAAAUUAACAAAGUGGCAAGCAACAACACUCAACAGGAAGAAAUGGUCGUACCAUCAAGGGAAAAUCUUAACCACCGAGCAAAAGGUAGUUGUACCCAAGAGUCAACUACACGAUGUUCUGACUUUGGCGCAUCAAAGGACAGGACAUAAAGGCAGACAAAUAACGGCAAAGUGGAUUAACGAGAAUUAUUCUGAAGUGAAUGUACGAGUUGUGAACCUAUUUGUAAGUUUGUGCCGAAUUCAUCAAGAGCAGACCAUUACAAGCCACGUUAAGAUGGUAACCAAGCCACUUCAAUCUCCAGAAUUCCUG